GUAAUUUAUACCAGCACUCUGGUGUGGUUUCGAGCCAAUCGAAAUAUGUUAACAAAACUGCAGUACUUGGCUGUAUCAUAGAAAUAAAACAAAAAUUAAUUUAUGUUAUGGUAUUAUUCUAGGUAUGUUGCACUGCUGGUAUGCAAUGUCAGCAAAACAUGAUCUUAUGAUCUAGCUUAAUUUUGUUUAGAAGUGUGAAGUAAUAAAUCUUCUAGAAAUAUAUUAAAUAAACAAAUUAAUUUAUUUUAAAACUAUGGAAGCAACUAAAGUGAAUACUGCCUUCUUAAGCAAUUUUGAGGUGAUGGAAGUGCUAAAGGAGUUGAAAUUGAAAGAUUCAAAACGAAAAUUCAUGAUGCGAAAUUUUGCAACAAUUACUUAUGAAACUUUGAAGUUUUUAGAAGAUUCUCCAUGCGUUUUACAAAGCAAGGAGAACAUAUCUGACUUUCUGAAAGCUGUAGAACCCUUUAAUCUUGUAAAAAUUGAGAAGCUCCUUAUGAUCAAUGAACCUCCUACUACGCCCCUUCAAAUACAAUUAAUUGUUGAGGACAGUGAAGAAAGAUUAUCAGAAGAAGAUGUGGAUAAACUGUUAGAUGUUAUUGCAAAUACUUUGCCAGUACCCGAAAUAAAUGAUGAAGAGAAUGACUAAUAGAUUCUAUUAGUUGCCAAGGAACCAAUAAUAUAAGUUUAAUUAUUAUUAAGUGGAAUUUAAGGUCUAUGAGUACCUUGAUUCACAAAGUGUUGUAUUUCAUUUUAUAAAAUUUAUUUGGGCAAAUA